CGGAAAUACGUCAUCACCCGUGACCUUGACGUCUCUUCCCAUUCGGGUUUCUAACAGGACAGCAUGGCGAACAAGGAGCCAGGUGGUUUUCUGCAGCAGCUGCGGCAGAUCGCUGGCAGGAUGUCCUCUGGACCCCGGGGAGCAGGAAUCGGACUGAAGCUCCUGAUCGGAGCUGGAGCUCUGGCUUACGGCGUGAAGGAAGCUACAUACACAGUGGAAGGAGGACAUCGAGCCAUCGUCUUCAACAGGAUCGGUGGGAUGGAGAUGAACACAGUCCUCGCUGAAGGACUCCACUUCAGGGUCCCCUGGUUCCAGUACCCCAUCAUCUAUGACAUUAGAGCGCGGCCCAGGAAGAUCUCCUCCCUCACAGGAAGCAAAGGUCAGAGGUCGUUUUCAGUCAGACCAAUGUUUGGCUUUGUGUCCUGGUUCUACCUGAAAAGGUUUGAGAAUCUCUGGAUUAAGGGGAAGUGGCUGCAGUUUGCUGCCUGCCACCUAGAGGGCAGCACAUCCAUCAACUGGAAGCUUCCUCUGAAGGCGUGCGUGUGUGUGUGUGUGUGUGUGUGCGCACGCCAGCUGGGCAUCGCCGUGACGAAGAACCCCGGCUACCUGAAGCUCCGGAAGAUCCGGGCAGCCCAGAACAUCGCCAAGACGGUGGCGCAGUCCCAGAACCGAGUGUACCUGAACGCGGACAGCCUGGUGCUCAACCUGCAGGACCGAGACAGCUUCACGCUGUCGCUGUCCAAGAAGUAAGACGUCUCCUCUUCAUCAUCUUCCUCUUCCUCAGCACCCGUUUCCCAUCAUCCCCCUCUCCGUCCCGAUCAGAACCCAAACUGGGCCUCAGAACCCGGUGUGCUGGUUCCGCUCAGAUAAACCCGACCCGGAUUGAUGCAAGUUCCCUUCAUAGACUGAGGAAUGUCAGUCGGACUUCUUUACAGAACCGGACCAGACCGGACCAGGAGGCCGGUUCUGAUCCGGUUCCAGCAGCAGGACAGACUCCACCUGAACUGACGAUCCGUCCUGCUGAGGCUGGUUCUGCCAGGACCCGGGUCCAAAUCCGGUUCUGAUGGGCUGCACUGGAGCUGAAGGCCUGGUUUACUCUGACCCAUGAAAGGGGUUCUGGACCUGACCCAGAAGUUCUACAGAACCAGCUUGAAAGCGGCGCCGGGUUCUGGACCGGUUCUGACAUUAAGCUUGACCCGGUUCUGUUGUUAUUCUGGUACUGCAUCAGUUCUAAUCACUCAAAUAGUGAUAAAUGCUCUACACACCAGGUCCAUUUGGUUCUGGUUCUGGUCCUGGUCGGGUCCAGAUUUGUUGUUGACUCAAGAUUAUAAAAAUGAAAUGAAAUCAUCAGUUAAAUCAGAACCAGAUUCCUCCAUGUUGGGUUUGGACCGGGUUCUGGUCGGUACCAGACGGGCCGGUCCGGGUCGGUGGUUCUGUUGAUUUAACUGGUUCUAAAUAUAACGUCUGAUAUUCCAGGCCUCACACAGGAUUUCCAUAUUUGGUCGUGUGUCACGUUUAGCCGCUGACAUCACUUUGAUUCACUUUGUAUAAAACUACAAACCCCAGAAUGCAGCGGGGCAGCAGCUCCUGUCCUGUCAUCAUUCAUGGCGUCCGGCUGGAGGUGAACGGUUCCCAUGAAGAUCAAUAAUUCACCUGCAGCUGGUAGAAACCCGACUUCUCUUCCUGGUUUGGAUUAAAAAUAAAAUCUAAUUUUUUAUACCA